CUUCUUGUUUUCACUUUCUGGAAGCGCGCGCCUCCCGGAAGUAAAGUUUCAUACAUACAGUAAACAAAUCUCAGAGGUUUCAUAUACAUAUACAAACACACACACACACACACUAUUUACACCGAGGCCUCUGCUGCAGCCGAGCACAGGAGUUUCAUCUGGCCCGAAGCGGCUGAAUGACUCAGUGUGACGAAGACUGAGCAACACUAAAGCAGGACACUGACUGUGAAACACAGCGAGACACACAGCGAGUGUGAGAUGGAGGAAGCAUACACGGCUUUGUAUCAGGAGUUCCUCCGUCUGCAGUUACUGUGUCUAAAACAGGCUGAAAUGUUACAGCACCUCACCGAGGCACUGAGAAAACAUCAAGGUGUGGCUCCUGUCUUUAAUGGGAAUUUUGAAGACUUGUAUUCGGAGCCAGAUCAGUACAGAUGUGAUGGAUUGGUGGCGUUCACCCACGCAGAGGACCGAGCACAAGCAGCUCACAUACACAAACAAGUGGCUCACACACACACCCCUGCUGCUCACACACACACCCCUGCUUUACACCCUGCAGGUAUUACAGAUGAUUCUGUGGUUUUCCCGCUUGCUGGAGCUUUGAACAGACUGCACCUGGAGCCAGUGCAGGAGAAGGCGAAGGUCGAUGGAGAGGCAUCAGCAUCGGGACAGUGUGAGACGGAAAAGUGCAGUAUUCUGGAUGAGUUACGACAGGUUGAGCAGCGCUGGUACAGCAGCCAAACACCUAAACAACAACCACAACAACAACAACAACAAAAACAACAACGGCGGCCGUGGUCGUCGUCGUUCCUGACCAGCGAGAUGCUGAGCGAGGCGGGCGGGAUGCUGAUGUCCCGCGUCACGCUGCACUCUCAGGUGUGCGAGUUCUGCCACGCCGUGUUUCCCGGACACACCACCACCAGGGGAGAGUUCCUCCGUCAUCUCACCACACACAUCUCCUGACACUUUACACGUGUCUAAGAGUGAUGCUAGCACGUGGUACGUCGUAGAUGAGACUGUUAUGUUUAAAGACGGGAUGGUUUAAAGGUUAAAGGUUAAAGGUUUUUAUGCUGCAUGAGUCUUUGAAAUCAUUUUAUCACAAGCAUUAUGUUUAUUAAGAUAUUUUAACUGUAUACCUUUAAAAGAGCAAAAGUAUCUAAUUAAUCAAAUGUAAAAGGCUAAAUACCAAAAAGCUUAGCUAAUUUCCUAAAACGGUUUUGGCAGUUUGAAUUGUAUGAUAUUAAAUCAUAUUUUCUGUGAAGAUUUACUUUAUCACAUGUAGAAAUAAUACUACCUGUACUUACACUGAGCUAAUGUACUAAGUGUAAAUGCUAGUACAGUUUCUUUCUGCAUUAAACCAGCACUGACACUACUGUAGAUCACACUGUAGUCACUGCUGUUAAAGUGAUUCUGAGACAGCUAAAUAUAAAGGUUUUGCUCACAACAGUCUGAUAUCUGUGUCUGUAUUUAAACCCUGUGUACAGUAUGCACAUAUUCAAAUUAUAUAAUUCCCCUGUGAUUCCCAGUGUCUUGCCUUAUUCCAGCCAUAGUGUUGUUGAAUUCUGGAUUGUGAUUGGUCAGAAGUUGUUGAUUAAUUUUCUAUAACAGCAGCUCCGACAAUAGUGGAGCUGCAAAUCACUGGUUUAUAUGAAUGCGCUCGUUCUAAUAUGUUAUCGUCGCUAUAGCAACAGCUCAUUCCCAGGGACUCGCACAGCAGAAGCUCCACGUGAAGUUUUCUGUAAGGAGAAAUGUGUUUAUGUAACAUUUAUGGAAGGAGUCUCCAGUGUCAGCGCUUUGUAACAGUCAGAGAUAAAGCUGCAACUUUAAGUUUUCAGACAUCUUCAUGACAGGAGUUUACGCUUUACAGUUUCUCAGUAACGUAACAAGCUGCGUUUUUUUUUUUUUUUUGUCUUAUUCAAGAGAAAGAAAAAAGAGAGGCUGGUGAGGGAACUACUGUUUAUAGCUGCUAUAAUGAAAGUGAGAAGAGGAACCUGUUUUGAGGACAUUCCACAACAUUAAAUGUAAUUAUAAAUAGA